AGCUUCUUCUUCAAGAUACCUGGAAUGGGCGGGAAGGUCCAAGAUCCACGCCGCAAGAUUCAAGUGCUCUGGCCGAGUGCCAUAUUUAAAGAAGCCCAUAUGGUUAUAAGCAGGGCCGGUCACCCACGGCUUCCCUUUUCUUCUCCUCACAAUACACGCUGACUUCAAAAUCACACUGAACAAAGACAGAUACAUACCUCACACCAGAUCAAGGACCAGAAGAAACUCAACCCCUUCACUUACAUCUAGUUUCCAAUAACGAGCACUGCGAACCCAGCUGGGAAACCACCCACACAAUGUUGCGCAACGUCUUCGGCCAUAUAACCGUGAUGCCGCACCUGCAUAACGCCGGGGAGGCAUUAGCCCUCCUCACGCGUCUCGCGCGAAUCGUCGAGCCGAUAAUGAUAUCCCGUGGUCUCUUCGUCGAGCACCUAACCGAGUUCCUGCCACAGCCAGAGGAGCGUCUCCUGGGCCGCAACUACGGCCAGGGCUGGUGGAUCUGCAUCGGCCUGCGCAAGAACAACCACCGCGGGAUAAACCAGUUCAGGCCUGAGGAGGACCUGUUGGGCACCCUCCUGCAUGAGCUGACGCAUAAUCUCUUCGGAAGGCAUGGUGCGGAUUUCCACGGAUAUCUAAAGGGGCUUAAGGAUCAGGUGAUGAUCGCCAGCCGGAGAGACAGGGAGAUGGCCGCCACCAUCAAGACCACGACCACGGCCAUGGUCGGCGUCCGCAGGCUCUGGGAGGAUGGGACCAUCACCGCGAGCAUCCCCGGGCUGGUGGCCGGGCUCCACCGGUCCUACCACCAGCAGCAGCAGCACCACCCCGUCGUGGCCCUCCAGGUAGAAGACCAGGCUACGGCGGCGGCAAUAACCCCGCAACCAUCAACAAUCCCCCGCAAGUGA